AUGGAAGAGGAGGCGGUGGACACUGCUAAAGCACUCCGGGGGCCACUGCGCGCCCAUCAGCAGCCAAAUUAUGACCAGCCAUCCAACAAAUCUCUCGCCGAGCGUCUUACUUUCCUGAAAGGAACUUGGACGGAACUCAGACUCCAGUCUCCAGCCUCCAGCCUCUUGAGAAACAUGGACUUCCCUUCGCCUCAUGUCGUUGCUCCACAAGAGAGACAUACCCAUACCGCUAUCUUCUUACACGGACGAGGAAGCACCGCGUUGGAGUUCUGUGAAGAUCUGUUGCAGUCAACUACUUCACAGCUCAAAUCCCUCCCGGACAGCUUACCACAUUUUCGCUGGGUCUUUCCUGCGGCAAAGACCCUGUAUUCUACGAGGUUUCAAGAGAUGCAGUGGGCCUGGUUCGACGUGUGGUCUCUCGAGAAUGUCGAAGAGCGGCAAGAGCUGGUCCUCGAAGGCCUGCGAGAAUCUGUUUCUCAUUUGCUCGCAAUUCUGGCGGAUGAAAUCGAACGAGUGGGGGGAGAUGCCAGCCGCGUCUUUCUCUGUGGAAUCAGUCAGGGUAUGGCAACUGCUCUGUGGACGUUCUUCUGUGCCGUCGGACAGAUCAAGCAACCUCUCGGAGGGCUGGUAGGAUUCUGUGGUUGGCUACCUUUUGCCCGCAAAGUAGAAGAUUUAAUCCGUAGGCAGCAAGCCAUGGCGUUACUGCCAUCGAGUGUCACGGGUCUCAUCCUGGCCGACUCUAACGGGCUUGACAAUAACCGGGCAAUUUUGACUUUUGCUUCGUGA